CCCGGACCCGCGGAUGGUUCCCGGCACCCGCGGUGCGUCCCGCCCGCUGCAGCGCGGCCCCCUCCGCCGGCAGCAGCAGGGAUGCCGGCCCCGGAGAGCAGGUCGGUUUUCGAGGCCGCCCAGGACCCCGUCCUCCUGCGUGGGCUAACCCUGGUCACCAGCCUCGCUGCGGAUGCCUGGGCCCCCGAGCCGGCCCCGGUGAGCCACGAGAAACCCACAGCCACCAGCAGUGAGGAGAAGCCCCUGGGGGUCCCCGAGGUGCCGGAGCGGAUGUGCUGCUCGACCUGCGGGCAGGUGUUCGGCAGCCGGGAGGAGCAGACUGAGCACUACCGUCUCGACUGGCACCGCUUCAACCUGAAGCAGCGACUCCUGGGGCGCCCACCACUGCCAGUAGAAGUGUUUGAGGAAAAAACCUGCACAGGUGAUGUUUCCAGCAUCUCGGGGUCUGAUUCAGAGAGCUCGGAUGCAGGCAGUGAGUCAGAGUUGCUACCCUCUGCCAGCGACAGCCCUGGGAACCCCCAGACCCCCCGGAUCCCUCGCUCCCACAAGGUGCUGUUCCGCAAUGCGACAGGGCAGCUCAUCUGUGCCUACCGCUGCGUGCUGAGCACCAGGAAGGGUGGCAGUGAGGAGCCAGAAGAGCUGGCAGUGUCACUGCAGAGCCUCGGUGUGAGCACGUGCUGGGUUGUGCUGAUGAUGGGCGGUGGGCAUUUCGCAGGAGCUGUGUUCCGGGGUCCCCAGGUGCAGGAGCACAAGACCUUCCACCGCUACACGGUGCGAGCCCGGCGGGGCACAGCCCAGGGCCUCCGGGAUGCCCAGACCCCAGGGUCAGCACCCAGGUCAGCCGGAGCCUCCCUGCGGCGUUACAACGAGGCUGCGCUGCUCAGGGAUAUUCAGGACCUGCUGGCAGCCUGGGCACAGCACCUGAAUGAAGCUCAGCGCAUCUUCCUCCGGGCCCCUCGUCACAACCGUGUGCUGCUCUUUGGUGGCAGGAACCCACCCCUCACCCAGGGCGACCCUCGCAUCUGUCACAUCCCCCUCAGCACCCGCAGGGCCACCCUGAGAGAGGUGCUGCGAGUCCACACCGUGCUGGCCAGCCUGCAGGUGUAUGGGAAGGACACAGCACUGGAGGACAUCACUGGGUCCCCCCGGAAGGGCUGGCAGAAGAGGCGGCGGAAAGCAGAGAUGGAUCCUCCACAAGAAGACACAACUGCCCCUGUCUUAUCACCCUCUUCAGCUCCAGAGGAGGAGGAGGAGGAGGAGAGUCCUGCAGGGGAACUAGAGACUGUGGAAGUGACACUGAAUACUUUGGACCUCCGGGAGUUUGAAGUGAUGCCCAAGCGGAACCGCAAAAGGAGGAAGAAGAAGGACAAGAAAGUGGAGAAAGGUCCCUGUGCCAAAGAGACAGGAUGCCAUGGUACCCAAGGCAGGCAGCCUGGCCUGGAGCUGGUGACAGAGCAGCUGGGAGAGGCUGGGACUGAGCCCCUCCCCUGGGGCACUGGAGGAGACCCUCAGACCCAGCUUCGUGAUGCCCUGUUCACCACCUGCAAAACGGGGGACGUGGGGAUGCUGCGGCACCUCCUGGGUGUGCCAGAGAGCAGGGACCUGCCGGGGGACAGCGAGAAUGGGGAGGACACACAGCCCCCGAACGUGCCCCACUCCCUGCUCAACGAGCCUGUGGAUGAGCGUGGCUACACCCUGCUCCAUGUGGCAGCACGGGCAGGGAAGUCUGAGGCUGUAAGCCUGCUGCUGGAGGCAGGAGCAGACCCUGCCCUCAGAGACAGGCAGGAGAGGACCCCCUACUGUGUCUCUGCUGACAAACUGACCCGCAACGCCUUCCGCAAGUUCAUGGUGGGCCAUCCAGACAAGUACGACUACAGCCGUGCCCAGGUGCCAGGGCCGCUGACCCAGGAGAUGGAGGCCAAGAAGCUGGAGAAGAAGCGGGCACAGAAAGCCCAGCGGAAGCAGCGGGAGCAGGCGCAGCGGGAGGAGCAGCAGCGCUGGGAGCAGGAGCAGAGAGAGAAGCAGCAGUUCGCAGCACUGUCUGACAGUGAGAAGAGGGCCCUGGCUGCCGAGCGGAGGCUGGCUGCGCAGGACGCAGGCACAGCUCUUGCCAACAUCAGCCGCUGCUGGCACUGUGGAGAGUCCCUGCUGGGCCGGGUCCCUUUCCAUUACCUGGAUUUCUCCUUCUGCUCCACGGCCUGCCUGCAAACCCACCGCCGGGCCCGGGCUAGCCACACGUAAGGCUAGGGACUGCUGCCUCCUGCCAAGGACCAAUGUGGUGGAGACACAGCUGUGCAGCAAGGGAGAGCCUGUGAAGCAGUGUUUGUCGGAGGGACUGAGCUGGCCAUAUUCAUCUUGGGGGCAACUCUGGCAAGGCUUGGGGCAAGAAUUUCACUCUGGGUGCUGACUCUGGGGACAUUACAAUGAGGAGGUCCCUAUGUACUAGUGUGAGGGGCCAGGCCUGCUCUGUAGCCCAGCUCUUAACAAGAGGAUCUUGCUCCUGGCUUCUCUCACAGCUACCUCGUAGGCGGCUACCCGUGGCAGUGGGGCAGAUCCCAGGGGAUCUGGACACUGCAGCCCUGAACUCCUGCAGCAGUGCCUGUGGACACCCUCUGGGCUGUGCUUUACCAUCUCCUCUCCUGAAUGCUGUCAGCAGCAGUAUGUUAGCAACUACCUCUUGCCUGUAUGUCAAUAAAGAGGUGCCUUGACCCCCUAGGCAUGGGGGGUGUCAGCAUAAGCACUGGAACUA